UGCGAGGAAUGUUCAAAAGAGAGCGCAAUUAGUAGACCCAAUCGCAUCAUCACCUCCUGCUAUCGCCAGGGAAACGUGUGGUAGAGUGUUUUUGCUGCGAACUUCGCAGCCGAUCAUCGCGCUCGUUCUGGGACCGAUAAUAUUCGUUCUGGACUUUCGGAAGGAUCCGCAGGAAAAUGGCCUCACUCAAAGACUGGGACGUGCUGCGGCUCUCGACGCUGAUUACGAACAUCAACGCGAAACUUUCGGCCAGCGUCACGGCGGAUCAGGAAUAUCGGCUACUGUGUUUGGUGCGGCAGAACGAUCAAAUUCUGUUCCGGUACACCGACCGGCACGGUGAGGUGCACCUGAUGCUCCUCUGCUGGUUCGCCGAGAACCGCAAAACCGUGCAAGAUGUAUGCUUCGACUCGACCGGAUGCUGGCUGCUUGUGUUCUGUUAUGAUAAUACGUUGCACAUCGUUCCGGCGCUUUCGAUUUGCGAUAAAUCUCUGGAGCACGUCGACACGACGUUCAAUCGUGAUGAGAUCACAUCGUUCAUUGUGCCCUUCAUCGGCCCACACGAGUGCCCCAAUCCGCAAACGUGUCCCAACAAUUCGCACAACAGUCAGCAGCAGCAGCAGCAGCAGCAGACGACCGCAUCUCAUCGCUCUUCGAUCGCUUCCGAGGGCAGUCUGAAGAGUGCCGGUACUAUGGCGGUGGGCGGUGGUGUAGCAGGGACGGCCAGCGCUGGUGGUACACCAUCAUCGGAACCGAAUCUCAUCUUCGACGCACCGACAAUGAAGAAAUCCAGCUCAAGCUACACGACGCACAAGAUCGACGAGAUCUUCUCGCUGAACAGCAUAUACCGGAAACUGUUUCUCGAGCAGCUGGAUAAGGCACGCGAAGAGCAGAAUGCAAACCGAAGCAUCUCGGCCACGGCGGGGACCGAUACACCGAUUGCGAUGAAAACCAUCGAAGAUUUUUUUGCUGACGCCUCGCAGUUGAGAGAAGCGGAUGUUUCGAAGGCAUCGACACCGCUCGAGACUUACACGAUCAGUUCGAGCCUCGAGUCGACCGGUGUGUCGGUUUCGUGCCCGUAUCCAACCUGCUGUAGCUGGUGGCGAACGCUGGCCAAUGAACCGCGGGCCAUUCUGGGGUACUCGGAUGGUUCGAUUUGUGUCGUAGCUCUCACCCCAAACUGUCCGUUUCUGGGUAACACCAACUGUGAACGAGGCUCAAUCGAGAAGUUAAUCAUCUGCCAGGACUACAGCAUGGAGACGAUCAGUUUGAUGAUCAACACUUCGACCAAAGAACAGUGGAAGCUGCUGCUGGAGCAGAAGUCAAUCAAGUACACCUUUCCGGGUGAUAUCACGCCCACUUCCGGGCCGGAGUUUCGUUCGGAGCUUCUGAAAUCCGUUUCCGAGGGUGGUACAAGCGAAUCAGUAACCGGUGUACCGAUCGAAGAUUGGCAGAUUGUUCUUUCGCUGCCAAAGGACGGAGAAGCAGUACCCGAUGGUGGCCGAACGAGUACGCAACAGCAGCAACACCAAGCAGGGCGAGCGAAAGGCCCCGGGACAACGAACGAAGCCGAGAGCAGCGGAUCCAGUCCAAACAGUUCCGAGCCGCCCUCGGGUGAUGAUUUCGAGAAGGUGGACAAUGAAUCGAUUCCUGAGGGCAGUGAAAAAUCAAACGACAAUGGCGGAUCGGCAGGCGGCACACUACCGAAGUUACUGCCCGCGGCCAAAGCUCGGUUACAGUCCUUGCGAGAUCUCGGGGUCAAAAAAAUCGGCACGCUAAAGCUGAAGCUCUCCGAGAGUCGCAUUAAGGCGAAGGAGCGAGAAAAAUUCAAAGAACAGGCCGCCAACCUGGCAGUAAUGGAGCUUCCCGGGAUGUACCCGGAAAUAUUAACUACACCGGCCGGCCCUUACUUCGUGGUGCAGUAUCUAGAGGGCAAGUAUUUGCUGAGUGCACUGCAUUCCUACUCCGAUACGCUCUCGGUGCACAGUAUGGACAUUAGCUUGAUUCCGCUGCACAUCUACAAGCUUCCGAAGCAAUGCCAGUCGACGGUUUUGACCAAGAAUGUGCUGUACGUGCUUCACACUAUGCAGCCGGAAGAGGGUGCUGGGUCUUCAGAGAAAGCCACUGACGAAGGAAAGCUAACGGGCGAGGCUGAACGCGCAACGGUGGAUUCAUUGGAAGAUUGUCACAGCAAUGGAAGCGGAAGUAGCAGCAGCAGUAGCAGCAGCAGUAAUAGCAACAGUAAUAGCUCCAGCGGGGCCGCUCCUCCGAAUGCGGUCAGUGUCGUGAGCUGUAAGAUCGCAUCAAUGAAGAUGGGCGAUGACUGUGAUUUCAACGAGCAUGCCCUUCUCGGGUUGUUCCACUUUCCCGAUGAACGAAUUCUCGAGAUACACCGAUUGAGUGGUGCUGGAGAGCAAGGCAAAAAUGAAGAAGAAUCGGAUGAUGGUGUCGAGGGCACUUUGGAGCAGCAGCAGCAACCGCAGCAGCCGCCUCAGGGCGAAGAACAACGAACGUUCUUCCAGAAGUCCCCCGUUUCGAACUAUCUGCGUAUCCAGAAGGGGUUACGGAUGGAGCGAAAGUUAGAUAUAUCUGAGGCGCAGGUGAUGGUGGGUGAAUUUCCAUCGAUCGAGUACGAUCAGGCAUUGGUCGUGACGGAUCGCAAUCUGUACGCGAUCGAGCUAGCCGAUACCGGGCGCAAUCUGUUUCUCAGUCUCGCACACCGUUGCAUUUGGGCGGCUUGCGAAGACUUCUGUACGACCUUCGGGCUCCCGUUGGCCACCUGUAUCGAGUAUGCCGGGGAUGUGUUGCUCAGGCGGAAGCGUAUCUCGGAAGCGUUAAUGACGUACAAUGUGGCCCGACUAUCACCGAUGAAAACGGCUCUCAAGCUAGCGUUGGCCAAGGAGAACAAAGCCCUGAUGAAGCUGUGCGCGAUGGCCCUGCGCAAUACGCACAUUAUCGGCAGUCAGUUCCUGAUGCACGAUAUUAUGGGAUUGCUGGUCGACGAGGCGCACCUCGGGAAUGUGGUGUACGAUUCACUGAUCAACUUAAAUUGUCGAACAUCACUAAAACCCAACAAUACGGGCGCCCAUUGUAGUGACUUUUCGUACGAUAACGAUGAUGUGCUGCUCGAUGUGCAGAUAUCGCCGUCGGAUCAGUUUCAUCUCUCCAAUCUUAUGUUCCUGACGCUCUGCGAGCGAUGCGCACAGGACAAAAACUAUAUCCCUCUGUGGAACUUCAUAGUGACGAAUAGCAAGUACCAUACGAGCCUUGCCUGCAUUAUGCUCGCGCAUGGAGCGCUACACUCGACGGCUCUAUUGCUUGCGAUGACGCGUGGUACUUGUCUCGAUGUGUUUAGCUGUCUCGUUGGCACGUGGGAGCAAACAUCGAACGACAUAAAACCGACGGCUGCGGAAACGAAUGCGUUUAUGUACAACCUGUCGAACGAGCUGUUCAUGGAGUGUCUGACCUACCUGCAGGACUACACCGUAAAUUACUUUGAGCUGAUACGCAAACACCUGGAGGUGUUCGAUAUAAACGUGCUCGAGCGUCUUAUUCGUCAGCUAAAUCCGUUCCACCCCAUCUAUCGACCGUUGCUACAUCGGUUAUCGAACCACGAGGCUUCCGCUGCCAAGGAACCCUCCGGAUUACAUUUGCUGUACUUUUGCAAGGCCCUAAUUGAAACGUUCCUGGCCGUAGCGGUGCGGGCACAAACGUUGAAAAUGAACAACGAUGGUGUAGCCUCGUUCUUGAGCGCGUUGAAACAUAUACGUCCUCGUCAUGAGGAGCGAGCGGUCGAGAUGCGGCUUGAGCAGUUCUCACCGAUUGCGGCCGGAUUUUUUCACGGUGCGGCCGUCGUGCGACAUGUUGCUUUCGUUUGGGGCUCGAAUGGCGUUAACUGUGCCUUGAGCCGUACGGUACUGCAGGGUGAUGCGAUUGGUGCGAGUGGUCAACCUCCGGAAGUGAGCUUUUUGCGACAAAUCGAUCUCGAGGUGCUGGCCGUUCAGUGUGGUCGACUGCACACUCUUCUCCUUACGAGCAAUGGGCUGUAUGCAAUGGGCUCGAACAAUUUGGGCCAGCUGGGAAUCGGAAAUCACGUCAUCAAUGCACUGCAACCGAUGCUCGUGAAGGGUCUCGACGGUAAAAGCAUUACACACUUCACUGCCGGCCAGUAUCAUAAUGCCGUUGUAGCGAACGGUUUGCUGUACACUUGGGGUUGGGGUGUGUUUGGCCAAUUGGGUCACGGGACGGUGGAUGACUGUAACAGGCCGAAGGUUUUGGAGUUUUUCCGCAGCAAGACAAUCGUUCAACUCGCUCUGGGCCAUGCCCAUACGUUAGUCCUGUGCAGAGAGCACCAUCGCGAAUCUCGCCGCGUUCUGUACGUGUUCGGUUCGAAUCACUAUGGUCAGCUGGGCCUGGGCCAGGAGGACCAUUUUGGAACAACCGUUGACACGCGGAACGGCAAAUCUUUUUUGGUUUCUCUAGUUCCUCGCAAGCUGGAGCUGGACGAUGAGAUUACACUGAUCAACACAAAGUUAUUUGUCAAUCUCGCUCGAACAACGUCCAACAAGCUGUACAUCUGGGGAUCUUCUCCACAAGCGUUGCGCUUGGCUACGCAAGCCCGGAAACGCGCCAAAUCUAACAAAGGCGGUGGUGGAUUCUCAAAAUUCAGCUCUAUGCUCCGAUCGACAGCAACUCCAGCAGCUACUCCACAGGCGGAUACUAAUUCUACUCAGCCGACUGAUUCCGAUGCAUCCAGAGGCCUGCAAGGACCUGCGCCCGUUGAUAACACUGAGACUAAAUCCGAAAGCGCGGUCGCACAGGAGGGUUUAAAAGCGGACUCCAAUGAUCACCGAGAGGUAGACGGAUGCACGGUAGAACAAUCCACAAUCGAUAUACCGGAGAUAACGGUUACCGAUGAGAGUACGCCGUCUAAAGAGACGCCAGAGGUUGAUGAUAAGCCACAAGGAGGCUCGGGAGAGGAUGCGAUGGAACAUCUUUUCCCGUCGACAGUCGAUACAUCGCUUGUCGAAGGUACAAUCGUAAAGAUUUCAAGCGGAUUGUAUCACUUUGCAAUCAUAACGGACGAUGGCGCUAUUUAUACCUGGGGUAAGAACAUUGAGCGGCAGCUGGGUAGAGAGGGUGGUCGUAAUGAGGUAUUGAUACCGACCCGGCUUGAAUCGAUCGAGGGCGUUCGGUAUGUUGAAUGUGGGGCUGACUUUACGCUUGUGAUGACAAACGAUCACAUCGUGAAGGCCUGGGGUAACAAUAAUAUGGGCCAGUGUGCCAAGGAGAUCAGUCUCGACCGGACCGGUGUUCCCGGGAAGCUGGUGCGCCUGCCAAUCUCGAACCGAGUGGUGCGUAUUCCCGAUAAAUCCCAAUUCAUCGAGACACCGCACGAAGUGAAGCUGCCGGUGAAUAAGGCCCUAGGGUACGAUGAACCGCUACGUUUCCUCAAAUCGAUGCCCAAGUUCCGGCGUUCGUUCGUGGUGAAGAGCGGCCUGGAGAAGUUAAUCAGCAAUAAUAUUUCGACAAUAAGCUCCAGUCUCAACGAUGUGAGCCAGGGUGAGGUAGAGGAUCUGGUAGCCGAACUUCCCGAACCAUCCACUGACGGUCGGGCGCUGCUGCGGGAUCAUUGUGCAACGGGAAGCACCAUGUCUUCGUUGCAAUCCGUAUCAUACGCCACCUCACCGACUUCCCUAGCGCUGGAUGACGAUGAUGAGGAUGAUGACGACGACGAGGUGGACGAGGAAGAGGAUGAUGGAGAGGAAAAUGUGGAACGAAAGACCAAGGGCCAGGAGGGAUCGUUCGAUCCAUCGAGCGAUACGACAUCAUCUCACCUCUUCAACGAACGGUAUCUAUUGAGCAACGAGUUUAUUCACUAUUGCCUCUACCUUUUCCACGGGCUAUACAGCCAGGAAGUUCUACUGGAUAUGAUCAAACGCAACAACGAAUACCACAUUCGGAUCAUGCUGCUCAACUACGACUACGUGGAAGCGUUUCGCCUAGUACUGGAUCUCCUCUCCUCGUCACUAUCGUCUUCCGCCUCGUCUACUUCCAUUGCGCGCCAGACACAGAAUUUGGUGAAAAUUUUCGAAUACUUCACCAAAGACUCGAGCAUCGUUCCGAUGGAGGUUGGAAACAUUAAGUACUUCAUCUAUGAGCUGUUCAUGUUCUUCAUUCGGCACAAUCUAAGCAUAGACGUGCUGGAGGAGUUCUUCCUUCGUCAUGUCGAUUGUUAUCUAGUGCCGUUGGCAUCCGUACUGUACUUUCAUAACACCAACAACCUGGCAACACCGAGGGGAACAGGAAGCGGAGGAACCGGCGGCUCAGGUUGCAGUUCUGCCACUAGUGCGCCGCUCGAUGCCGAGGUGCUGGCGUUGGAGCGCAAGCUGCUCGACAAGUUUAACAACAACAACAAUGCCCACACACUCCUCACCGGAGGGAAUCUGGAGGGUGAAGAGAAUCUCCGUCUGCCCGGUUCAUCCGGAGUGGGCUCGCGAAAGCUGGAAAACACGGACGUUAUCUGCCGCGCGUUGAGUACCACGUUCAAUGUGACGAUUUGCCAGAAACUGUUGGAACAUUUUGAUCGAUGCAAAUGACUAUUACCGGUAAGGGUUUGUGACGCUGAACCGGUCAACAGGCGGGAACGUAUUCGUUGAGAUAGUAUAAGGACGCGUCCAACGCCAGUCGGUCCGAUGAUAUUUGAAGACUCUUUCUGCGGAUAUUGCACUAACAAAAUGUCACGUCCUAUCUCGUUUCCGGUGCAAGCUGUCCAUUAUCAGUGGGCAGAGGCGCCUCGUACAACAAGUCAAAAACAAGUUUGCCAUUUGGUUAGAGGUUAGUUAGAGUUAAAAGAAAAAGGAGAUUUUAUUUUGCGGUUUUAUAAUCCUAUUGUUUAUCGCAAAUCUUCGCGUGAAAUCCCCGAAGCAUGCCAGAAGUAGACCGAACAAAAAGACAACAAAACGGAAAGAUGCAACCGGUGGACAUUGCGAAGACGAUUUUAAUCGAAUUUACCGCACAAAACGAAUGCAAUCAAAAUACAAUCGAUCUUUAUUACUGUAGAAUUAGUUUGUCUUAAUGACGACGACGCCGCCGCCAUGUGUCGGAAAUGAACCGUAUGUAUUUAAAUGCCAAUGCCAAAAAAAAAAACACUCACUUCGACACUCUUGGAACGAUUUCCUUUUUGUAUCGCACUUUUAGUGACACAGACAAACACGCUAUAGGGUCUCCAAAGUUUGGAACGACUGCGUCCCUUGUUCUGUCAAUCGUGUCCUUUUGAACUAGAUAGUAAUUAUUUGAAACAUACGGCAAGAAUCCAACGGAUGGCGCGCCGGGCUUUAAAUCUUAAUUCUUAGUGGAAUCGAAACUCUCCCACCAAACCUACAUUAGAGAGACAAAACGAAUCCGAUUUUGUGAAGUGAUCACUGAUUUCAUGCCAGGCCUUUUACCAAGUACUUCAGGGCACGCACUGCAGGGGAAACGUUGGAUGAAACCACUUGAAUCGAUAUAAGCUACUAUCAGUCUUCAGUCGAAGAUUCGGAAGUGCUAUUCAUCACUGUUUCUUGUCAUUUGUAGUGUGGCUACAUCAAAAGCUCUGCUAUGCUGGUGUAUAACGUAAUUGAUUUAGUGAAAACUAGAACGUAGAUAAGUGGAGUUUUCUCAUUCUGAUUACUGUUCAAUGUGUAGCAACGGUGUGCUUGUGUCGGCUUCGUUCCCUUAUUUCGCUACGUUUCUUAUCUCAUACUUACUGAUAACUUCACGGCAUAGGCGCAGCAUGCUUUACACAUUAAUCGUGAUAUUUGAUAGCAAUUGUGCAGCAGCAGAAUGAACACCAUAUUCAAUAAUCUCAUUGUUUAUCGAUGAGGCCUAAGUGACUUUUCGUCGCUGCAAGCAGCAGCAAAAUGCCGGUCGUAGACAGUUAGCCAGACACCCAGUGGCAUAUCAAAACAUGGAACUCGGACACAAUAUACGAUUGGCCUCGAAAGGUAUGUCGCAAACGGACGGAAGGGAAGAACUGAGAUAUAGAGAGAAUGAGGUUCUGCAAAGAUCCUGUUGUAGUUUGUAUGAAGAAAAACAAAGUAAAAACGAGAGGCUUUAAGAGUAUUCCCCACGAGGGUGUAUCAAUAAUGGAAUGAAGCCAGCAAAGAAUGACUAAACAAGAGGCAAUAUAUACAAACACACACACACACACACACACGCGCGCGUGUAAAAUCCAAAAAAGGAUGAUCAACUAUUGCUGCGAUAGAGUUGCGCUGUGAAUGAAGAAGGCAAACGGCAACAAUAAUAGAAAUGUACGUACCCGGGCACUUGCUAUUGAAUGCGAUGCAGAUGAUUGUUGAAAUGAUUAG